AUUGAUUUAACUUGAGUCAUGGUUUUCUUUUUAUGGUCAAAAAGUUCCUUUGUGCAUUCAAGUAUUUUGAAAUUGUUUAUUUGACUUUCUCAACCCUUUUUAGUAGUGAUUUUCCUUGAUAAUAUAUGUAUAUCUGUGUGUGAGAGAUAGAGUUUCCAUCCAUUAAAAGUAUAUGCAAAUCUAAGGACUUACAUCAAAUCUUAAUCGUUAGUUUUAUGAAAUGUAAUAGUUCAGUUAAUUUUACUUAAGUGAGUCAGUAAGGUGGUGUUUUCUUUCUUGUUGCAUGGUUUUCUUUUUACCUUAAAACUUUUUCUCCACACAUUUUCAAAUGAACUGAUAUGAAUCAUUAGAUUUGGUAAAAUUGUCCAUUGAAAGUUGGUGUGAGUUAUUUUGGACUUACAUUUAGUGUAAAGAAUCUUAUCUUUUUUUAGUUAUGUUUUUUGAAAAUCAAGCAUCCAACAACAUAGUUUAUUCAUCACAUGUUUUUAUUAUUUAUCCUAUAAUAAAUAUCUAAGAUCCGAAGUGUCUGUAUAUAUUCAUCAGCGAUGACUACAGCUAAUCCGUUAGUAACAAUCCAUUGGCUCCUCAAUUUAAGGAAAGUUUGUUAGUACGUCAUGUCAUUUUCUUGACUGCUUGAACUUAAUCUAACCUUAAAACUUUCUGAAACACACGUGUAGUGCUUCAACCUCAAUCCCUUCUAUCCUUUUACUCAUACUCUGAAAAUGGAUGGAAUGUACUAUUAACUUUCUGUUUAUAGACAUGUGUUGUAAACAUAAACUGUGAUUAAUAUACAAUUAUCAACCACUUUAGAUAGAAUAUUUUUUGUAUGAUUUUUAAAAUAGUUAUACAAGUUAAUAAGCUUUCACACAUAACAUUUUGUUACUGUAGACAUAUAUAUCUACGCUGCAUGUAUUUGUUAUUGCAUUGUUCAUCAUCUUUAUACAUACAUAUAUAUACAUAUAUAUAUAUAUAUAUAUAUGCCAUAUCAUCAUGGCCAUCCGGUUGAUCAUCCCGUUUUAUAGGUGCUAUUUUUAUCAUCUGCAAUAUUUCUGAAUGUUCUCAUAACAAGCAAAACCUCCCCUUCAUUUCUCUUUUUUUUUUCUUCAUCUUCUUCUUUCUUCUUUCAUUUUUUUCAACAUUUUCCGCGAGAAAAGAAGGAAAAAAAACGUGAGAAGAUAGAGGAGUCAUUAACAGCAAAAGUGUGCGUGGAUUUGGAACAAAAUGGCGAGAGAGGCUUUCAUUUUGAAGGAAAGCGCCUUGUUAUCUCUCAGAGCAUUGAAGAGCUUGAUGACGUUGAUAUGUGCGGCUGCUAUGCUGCUGCUGCUGCCAUUCAGAGGGUCGAGGAGGGUGUCUCCGGCCGAGAAGCCUAGCAGCAAGGAGGAAUGCCACCACCGGAAAGGCACAAUGGUGCGCAUACCGGCGAAGAUGAUGUCAAGAAAAAGUAGUGUUGGUGUGGUGGUGGCAAGGAGGGAAUUGGCCAUAAGGAGGGUGGUGGAGGAUGAUGAUCAAAGGUGUGUGAGGGAGUAUUGGAUUUUGGGAACCAAAAGGGGUGACACCAUUUUCACACAAUGUUGGACACCAAUUUAUCACAAGAUAAGGGGAGUCGUUCUUCUUCUGCAUGGUCUAAAUGAACACAGUAGCAGAUAUAGUGAUUUUGCAAAGCAGCUGAAUGCUAAUGGUUACAAAGUUUAUGGAAUGGAUUGGAGUGGACAUGGUGGAAGUGAUGGGCUACAUGCAUAUGUCCAUUCUCUUGAUGAUGCUGUUUCUGAUAUGAAAGUAUUUGUUGAGAAGAUUCUCAAUGAAAAUCAUGGGCUUCCAUGUUUCUGCUAUGGACACUCAACAGGUGCAGCCAUUAUUCUGAAGGCACUGCUUGAUCCAAAGGUUGAAGCCAGCAUAGUUGGUGCUACAUUCACCUCACCAGCAGUUGGAGUGGAGCCUUCUCAUCCAAUUUUCGUGGCACUUGCACCUAUACUUGCAUUUUUGCUGCCAACAUAUCAAUGCAAUUCUGCAUAUAAGAAGGGAAUACCGGUCUGUAGAGAUCCAGAAGCUCUGCAUGCAAAAUAUUCAGACCCUCUAGUAUGUACUGGAUCUCUGAGAAUACGUACAGGCUAUGAAAUUCUUCGAAUUACAACGUACUUGCAACAAAAUUUCAGAAAACUUAGAGUUCCAUUUCAAGUUCUCCAUGGCACUGCUGAUUCUGUUACUGAUCCUGAUGCUUCUCGAAAACUGUAUGAACAGGCAUCCUCAACAGACAAAACUAUCAAACUGUAUGAAGGAUUCUCACAUGACCUCCUCUUUGAACCUGAACGAGAGGACAUCACAAGGGACAUAAUUCAAUGGUUGAAUAGUAGAAUAUGAAAUGAGUUAGAGCAAUAAGGAAACAUAUCAGUUAGAUUUCAAACCAAGAAAUUGAAAGAUUAGAAGUUUAGUGAUCAAGUUCUCUUGGGUUGUAAGAGGAAAAACAACUUCAAAAGCCAUGCAAACAUCAUUUUUUGUAUUGGAAUCCUUAAAAUCGUUUGUUCAU